GAACGAUCAAGAAAUAUCUCGGUCAUGGUAUUCGUUUACGCUGAUUAGGGCAAAAUGCGAAGGUUUUUAUUGAAAACGUUGGUUGAACAUUUCUACGUUCGAAUAUCUAUUCAGCAUAUUUUAUAUUAUAUAUUUUUUAAUUUUAACUCGUUACGAAUUUUAAAAAUUUAUCGAAAUUAAAUAUAGAAUAUUUUUAUGAUCAUGUGAGAUCAUUUUCCAUUAAAUACGUAGAUCUACAUUUAAAAUGGCAAAUUAUAUUACAUAUUGACAGAGAUGGUUCGAGAAAGUUUCAAAAUAUUUAGGUCGAUGAUAGUACGGUGCAUCAUUGUGCAUAGCACGCUGGUAUGCAAUAGUCGAGCCGGAUACGUCCAGUCUCUGUUGAUUUCGUGGAUCCGUGUCACGCGAUGCGUUACGCCCUCAACGUCCUGUCACGAAUGAUGAAUUAUUCCUUCGACGUAUCGAGUCAUCGUCGUUAAAAACAUCAAUUUGGGAUAUUACUUCUUCUCCAAUAAAGUUGCAGAUCGAAAAGAGAUAAAGUAAUAUCCAGACGCCAUGAAGGCGGUACAGGAGCAACAGCAGCCGGAAUCGAUGGAAUCCAACGAGUCGGUGUCCGCCUCCUCGAACGAGUAUGCCUAUCGACCAUUGACAACGAAACACCGAAGAGCCGGAAGUACUGGUACUACUGGUGACGAGGAGUAUACUACCGACGAAGAUGAACUCUAUCCAGAUGAAGCCGAUUGCACGAUCGGCUCGACCUUACACGCACCUCAUCCAAUUCUCAAGUCCGAUCUUGCAAGAGCUGCGACCGAUCUCUUUGGAUAUGCGACCAAGCGGGAAGAUGAGGAGGAGGAACCUACAAGUCUUUUUGAUGAAGACGACAAGUUUCUCAACAACAGUUCCAGUUUAGCGAAAUCGAACUCGCUCUUCGCAUACAACGACAAGAUACAUAGUGUUUUAACGAGGCAUCGAAGUCCGACGAUGAUGAACGAGAAGAAGCCUAGCGAGGCUGUUUUAAACACGCAUGCGUACAAGUCUGAGAUUCAGGUACCUGCAACUCAGACUAUGACUAAUUUGGAUAUUAGGUUGGGUGAAGAGAAGAUAGACGAUGUUAUGGAAGACACAGUAAAUAAGCAGGAAGAUAUUUGUGUAUCAUUAGAGAUAUCGUCCACGAAAGACUCGCAGGCUGACUCUCGAGUGAAGAAAGAAACUUCUUUAACAAAGGAUUCAAAUGAUCCUCCCUCUCCAACAACUGCACAAUGGGGCAGAGCCGUAGCAGAAGUAAAAGAACACGCUGUGGCGAAACUGCAGGAGGAGUUGAAGAGAGCUCACGAGGAAUUGAAAUUGAAGGAUGAAGAGGUGGCAAGGCUCUCGAGGAUUCGACAGGACGUUGAGGCCGAGCUGGAGGAACUCACCGCUAGUCUAUUUCAAGAAGCGCACAAUAUGGUGCGCGAGGCGAACGUGCGGCAAGCGACGGCAGAACGUCUUCUGGAGGAGAGUCGAAUGAAAGCCGAGGUCCUAGCGGCUGAAGUGACGGCCUUAAAGACUUUGGUCUUGACUUCGACUCCAGCCAGGCCAAAUCCACAUUUGCAUCCUCAGAUUGACACGAGAUGUCGUUUGAAUUCGGGUGAUGAGUGUCAGCAAGGUCUUUUUGCUAAGAAACAUCGAAGGUCGCCUUCGCACUUCAAUCUUAAAUAUGGCCGAGAAAACUCACCACCGGAAUCUCCUGUGAAGGAACAGAGGCCAUCCUUACCAAGUGAUAGGGAAGCCUUGGCUAGGGAUUGGAAGAAAGAUCGUGAAAAGGAUAGAGACAAAGAGUGUAAGGAUCUAGGAUUGGAGGUAGAUCCUAGAGUUCAUACAGAAUUUCUCAGGUGGAAAGCAAAUCCGUGCGUCGAUAAGAGCGAUCCAUUUGUUGCCAGAGUGUUCAAAGAAGAUAUCGACCUAUGUUUGGAUUUUCCUAAUAAAGAACUCGGUUCGAGGGUCCGACAGGCUGUUCUCGAUGGAAUCAUUUUUAUCGAGGCUGUCAGUGAUAAAACCAAACUUGCCUUUCCUAAAAAGUGUGCUCUUCUCGAAGCACCACGACAAUGUCACUAUCGUAUGAGACUGGGCGAUCAGGAGAAUCAAUGGUACUGUAUCUCUCAAAUUUGUCGCAACCGAAUCAUAGCGGUCUGUGAUUUUCUCAAUUAUCUACGUUACGUAGAACGAGGUCUUGUUAAAAGCUCGGUACACGAUGUAUAUUGGGAGAUUACAAGAUUACGAAAGGAGAUGGUGUUCGCUCGUCUGGGUUUAGUGCUUUCAUCUUGAAGCUUUUUUCUGGUGGAUUUCAUCUAGUCUGGAAUAACGGCCGUAAUACGGACCUAGAAUCUUAUUAUGUUUUUUUGAUCGACGAAGAAGAAACGACUGGAGAGAGUUAUCAAAGGAUUAAUAUAGGAUAAUAGCGUCGAUCGGAAAGAUGAUCGAUAAUUGUCUCCAUUUGACACGGGAAGAUACGAUUUACGUUUUAGACGAAACGUAUCCCGCAUAUUGUAUAUCCUUCUGUCUCUCUCUCUCUUUCUAUCGCUAUUUAGUAUAUUAGAUUGCACUUUUUGCCAAUUGGGAAAGAUAUAACAAGGCGACAAUGCAACUGAUCACGGGGCUGUGAAUGAUCUUAAAAAAAAAAGAG